AUGGGAAACGUUCCGGGGAAAUUGGAAAACGAAAAUGCGGUAAGAAGCAACCGAUCUAUGAGCACCUCAGCGGCACUGCCGCAUCGUACGAACGGCAUGAAUGGUGCCAGGAAGGCGCGGACUUCGUCGAUGGUCGGAACUAUUUUGAACUCCAGACGAUGCUCAGAAUCCUCGGAUCUGAACCCUUACAAACGCAAAUCUACUAAAGACAAAGAGCGUCUCAAAGAACGGCACGUCAAACAACUGAUUGUGAAACACGGUGAAUCAGUGGAUGGCGGGUUUUUGGCACCAUAUGGGUCCAGCAGCAUAGAAAAGGUUGAUUACGACGCUGGCGUUGUGAAAAGUUUGAUACUGGAAAGACGACUAGCACCCUUUUACACUCCGCUACAGGAUUACGACGAGUCUUGGAGUCAUCAGGAACUGGUUAAGAUUGUCGACGGCUUGCCGCUACAUGCGCCUUUCAGCGAAGAUGUAGAGGCUUUUGAGGGGGUGCCACUAGGAGACUUGUCUCAAAGCGAUUUCGACGACUUGAUAGACAAAUCUUUAUCGCGCCGCGAACAGCGCCGCAUGAGGAGUAUGAUAUUCAACGCCAGGCUUUACCGGAAACGGCUGUUGUGGCAAGAAAGAGAAAAUGAAAAAUUCUUGGAAAGCAAGCUAGAGGCCAAGAAACCGGGCGCGCGAUCUAAUCCGUGCCUGCCCAGCGACGACUUAAAAUUUGAACUGUACUACAAAGGUGUCGAAUGCCCAAUAUGCUUCCUGUACUACCCACAACCAAUCAAUAUGUCCAGGUGUUGUUUACAGCCCAUUUGCAGCGAAUGCUUUGUCCAGAUAAAAAGAGCCGAACCACAUUUCCCGCACGAUCAAGAUGAAGACCACAAGGAAGAGGAAGAGAAAGAUCCCAAUUUGCUGACAUCCGAACCUACGAAUUGUCCUUACUGUGCUACUUCCGAUUACGGCAUCACCUAUGAUCCUGUUCUGACCCGCAAGGUGGGAUUGCAAGGGAUUAAACCUUUCUCGUAUGUUAGCGGUAACCUUGAGCCUGUGGAAUCCAGCGAACCGGCUCGGCGCAGGUCUCUGGCGGCUACGGAUCGCCUAGUGGUCACAUCAGACUCGUUGCGGCCUGACUGGCAAGUGAAACUCAACAAGGAGCGCAUGAGGCUUGCGAGAAGGUCUGCAAAUGCCACUGCUAUUCAUCUAAGUAAUCAAUUGGUAACGCCCGGCCACCAGGCGUCUUCAAAUCUUCAGACCCAUACUGUGCCAUCAUCUAAUUACCAUCCGGAAUUUGCAGCGGCACAUGCUCAUGAUAAUGGAUCUCUGUGGCCAUCUAAUGCCACAGCGGCUGAAAUAGAGAACCAAAUGGUUGAACAAGCCAUAAAGUUGAGCUUAGCGGAGAGCAAAGCCGCUAAAAAAAGUUCCAGAUAA